AUGCCUCCGCACAUUGCUGUGAAAGGAGACAACGGGCAUUACCUCAAGGCUUUCAUAGACAAGAGCAACUACUACCUACAAUUUGCAUCAGAUGAUAGUAUCGAUGUUUAUUCUGGGCACACGGUGUCGCUGAUGCCCGAUGGACACGUCCAACUAAUUUCAGAUCAUUUUGGAAAAUUGUGGUGGGCGAGUGAUAGCUGGAUAUACGCGGACGGGAAGGGCAGUGAAACCAGCACUCACUUCUGGCCGAUCAAAAUUGAUAAUAACACUAUAGCGCUACAAAGUGCAUCCAACAACAGGUUUUGUGGACGUCUCACAUCAGAUGGUGUGACCGACGGUCUUGCUUCCUUAACCGGCACCCUCAUGAAAGAAACGAGAUUGCAGGUGGAAGAACUGGUGUCCCGGAGAAAGAUCUACUAUGUGCGGUAUCGGAUGGAGAACGCACGGGUAUACGACGAAAAACCUUAUUUGGCUGGCACGGCUAGGCUCACGAACAACACGGAUAAGGAUGAUUCCAUGGCUGUGUCCAUAACAUAUCAAGACGAGAAAUCUUAUACUUUUAGCCGUGGCGCAUCUUUAACAGCAGGGGUGAGCACUAGCAUCAAAGCAGGGUUGCCCUUCAUUGCAGAUGAACAGAUUGAAGUGUCAUUUGAGAUAAGCGGGACGUUGCAGUGGGACGAAACCACCACCACUACAACAUCAGUUACGGCAACGGGCACCGUUCCUGUGCCCGCCAACACUAUGGCUGUAAUCGAUUAUGUCGGGACAAGGGGUAGCUGCAAUAUCCCAUUUUCUUAUACUCAGGAAGACCACAACUCCACCAACGGCCGAAUUGCCUAUUUCCAACAGAUUGAUGGUGUCUACAAUGGCGUCAGUUACUACAACUUCGACUUUCGUUUGUACGAGCUCGAUGACAUGGAGCUGAGCCCCGAUUCCCAGUCCACGAAGAAAAAGGUUAAGGUAAAAGCCCAGAAGUUGUCGGCGGUCAUGGAGAGUGACGAAUACACUCCAGGGAGGCAGAACUACUCCGACGAUCAGACCAUGCUUUUAGAGAGGUGUUGA